AAGCAAGGAAAUGGUGUGUCCCUUGGGGCAACAACUCUAGAAAAGGCAAAGACGCGGCGAAGGCUAGGGCGCAGAAGCAGGCCCACAUCACUCGAAAAUUGAAAGUCGUCCCCGGUGCGGCGGACAUGGAUGUGGAAGAAUCUGAAUGCUUCAGAGUCAUGAGCUUCAAUAUGUUGGCGCAGCAACUGGCAACCUCGAAGAUGUUCACGUACGUGCCCAGGAACCAGCUCAGAAAGCACAACCGGUGGCCUAGGGUGCGGGCCGAAGUUUCACGGUAUGGCGCGGACAUCAUCUGCCUGCAAGAGUGCGAUCUUUACGACCAAAUUCUGGCGAGCUUACAAGAACAUGGGGAGCAGGCGGAUCAGGGAACAAGGUUCGAAGGCGUGUACAAGAGGCGUAAGGAUAACGGGCUAAGCCACGGCGUCGCAAUCCUGUACGACACCCAGGUGUUCCGAUUGCUUGAUUCGGGCUCGUGCGAGUAUGGAGAGAACCUAAUGGGGGGAGUAGGAGCAUUUGCGCUUUUGGAAGACCGCAGACAACAUCGACGACGAAGACACCCUACUCGUGGCGGCCUUCCCGACAACGAUGAAACUGUCGAGGCGGUAGGGGUAGCAGAUGGAGGUAGGGGCAGUGGAUCAACGAGAAACUGUCCUCGUGAUGAGCAAGGAAGGUGUGGGGGCGGGAGCGAGGCAGCAGAAGGAGGAGGGGGGGGAGCAGCGGCAACAGCUACGAAAGACGAUCCUUCUGGGCUGGUCUGCGUGGCAACCACCCACCUCUACUGGCACCCGGACGGAGGAGCCAUACGCCUCGCUCAGGCGGAAACCCUCAUGGCGCACGCGGCGGCUUUCCUUCGUGAGCGUUUCGGGGACGACUACACCAAGGUCCCGGUCGUACUCGCGGGAGACUUGAACACCGUACCCGGUGUGGACGUCUACAGGCUACUCUCGGAAGGGGUUUUCAAGGGCGAGACACCAGAGGCGUUUCACCGGAGAAGAUACGAAAAGGCCCGCGCUAAGGAAGCCGAUAAGGUCGAAAAGGCUCGCAAAUACAACGCCAAGCUGGAGGCGAUCCGCGCCAAAAACGCCGCCGUGAUCUCCGCGUCGAGGAGCAGCACGUCCCCCGGUGCGUUGCGCGAGGUUGUCCACGAUACAGGGGAAGCAGCAGAAGCGGCAGAUGGAACCGUCGAAGAGGUUGCAUCAGUGGAAGCAGCGCAAGGACUGGGAAGAACCCCUGUUUCGAUGAGCCGGGCUAUGGAAGGAGGUGACUCGGUGACACAAGGACGUCCCGCCGAUUCUGCGGGUCUUCCUGUGACGGUGUCUGAUGAUGUGUCGGAUGAUGUGUCGGAUGAUGUGUCUUAUGAUGUGUCUUAUGAUGUGUCUGAUGAUGACACCGCUGUUGCUGCCAGUUCAAGUGCUACAGCUAGUGGCGAGUUCACUCCGGCUUCACACGAGAGAGGAGGGGGGCGAGAUCAGGACGGGGACGUGCGGUGCUACGAGCAAGCGUUCCGUGGGUUCAGCAGUGCCUACGGCGCCUACUCCAGUGUCUUCCACUCGCAGUUAUCCAGAAAUCACCCUCCUGGAGAGUAUUCUGUCAACGAGGCCACAGGAAAACACAAAAUUGGGAUCGUUCGCCUAGGGGCCCGGACCGGCGGUGGCGGCGGUCUAUCGCAGAAUCAAGAGUCAGUGCCACCAAAAAAGUUGCAGCAGCAGCCCAAGCAACAGCGGCAGCAAAAGCAGCAGGGAAACGGGCCGUCCGGAGAGCCGCAGUUGACUACGUGCACUGAUAGCUUCGCGGGGACGAUCGACUACAUCUGGCACAACCAGCAGCUGCAAGUUAGAUCCCUGCUGAGUCUCCCUUCUUUCAAGCAGGCAACCUACGGCAAGGGCUUGCCGACAGCUUCCUACCCAUCUGACCACGUGUCCAUCAUGGCCGAGAUUUUCUGGCGACAUCCAGCACAAUCUCGGGGUGAGGAUGCACCCGCAGAGCCUCAGUGACAGAAGUACGCUCUAGCAAGGGUCAUCUCGUGAGGGCAUCCUGACUGAUUUUUGUUGCCGAAAACCGUGGGUGUCCGGUGUGUGUCUAGAUGUCUAAGACAGAUAGAAGUAUGUUGAACCAUUUCUUUGUAACGUCACAGGCAACUAGGGAUCGAGCGUCGGCGGAACUUUCUUUGAAUUGAACGGGUGUCGGUGGGUUGGCACCUGUCCGUAUUUAUUUUUCUUGCCGCGUGCGUGGGGCGUCCAAAGGGUAUUCGGAUCGUCCCACGGUUGUUGGCUCUGGUGUUUUGGCACUGUAUUAAUACAGGCAAUGGGUUGGGGGCUUGGGGAGAGUGGGAAUGUGGGGCACCUAUCCCUACCGGAAGUAACGGUCGAUGGUGUAAGGAGAGGCAGCACCCUUAGAUUUAUACCUGCUGCUCGGUUGUUGUGGAAGGAAAGACGACACACGCUAAGCGCUCUCUAAAAAAUAUACAAGGGACAAGGAUUUGAAAACACCUCCAUAAUUCUUGUUUCAUGCCUCAUGCACCAGCUCUCGAUGGCCUUUAGCAAGAUUUGUUGGUCUUGGUUUACCGGGUGUGCAAGAUUAGCUGCAACCAAGCAAGGAGUGAAU